CGCUCCGCCCCCUCCUUCUCGCUCGCUCUCUCCCAUCCCCCCAAGCCAGUAGCUCUGCUGCGCAGCUCCCUUAGCGACUGCCACCGCCGAGACGGUUGGUGCGACCGUUGUAGGGAGCGCUACACGAGGCGAACGUCUUUUUCAUCCUCGCGACCGCACCCCGCGAACAGCGGAGUUGGUGUUACUAUCGCCCGACAGGCAUUUAAAUCAAACGGUAUUGAGAUGGAUUGGGUUAUGAAACAUAAUGGUCCAAAUGACGCUAGUGAUGGGACAGUACGACUUCGUGGACUGCCAUUUGGUUGCAGCAAAGAGGAAAUAGUUCAGUUCUUUCAAGGGUUGGAAAUCGUGCCAAAUGGGAUAACAUUGACGAUGGACUACCAGGGGAGAAGCACAGGGGAGGCCUUCGUGCAGUUUGCUUCAAAGGAGAUAGCAGAAAAUGCUCUGGGGAAACACAAGGAAAGAAUAGGGCACAGGUAUAUUGAGAUCUUCAGAAGUAGCAGGAGUGAAAUCAAAGGAUUUUAUGAUCCACCAAGAAGAUUGCUGGGACAGCGACCGGGACCAUACGAUAGACCAAUAGGAGGAAGAGGGGGUUAUUAUGGAGCUGGGCGUGGAAGUAUGUAUGACAGAAUGCGACGAGGAGGUGAUGGAUAUGAUGGUGGUUAUGGAGGUUUUGAAGAUUAUGGUGGCUAUAAUAAUUAUGGCUAUGGAAAUGAUGGCUUUGAUGACAGAAUGAGAGAUGGAAGAGGUAUGGGAGGACAUGGCUAUGGUGGUGCUGGCGAUGCAAGUUCAGGUUUUCAUGGUGGUCAUUUUGUACAUAUGAGAGGGUUGCCUUUUCGUGCAACUGAAAAUGACAUUGCUAAUUUCUUCUCACCGCUAAAUCCAAUACGAGUUCAUAUUGAUAUUGGAGCUGAUGGUAGAGCAACAGGAGAAGCAGAUGUAGAGUUUGUGACACAUGAAGAUGCAGUAGCUGCCAUGUCUAAAGAUAAAAAUAACAUGCAACAUCGAUACAUUGAACUUUUCUUGAAUUCUACUCCUGGAGGCGGUUCUGGAAUGGGAGGUUCUGGAAUGGGAGGCUACGGCAGAGAUGGAAUGGAUAAUCAGGGAGGUUAUGGAUCUGUCGGAAGAAUGGGAAUGGGGAACAAUUACAGUGGAGGAUAUGGUACUCCUGAUGGCUUGGGUGGUUAUGGCCGUGGUGGUGGAGGCAGUGGAGGUUACUAUGGGCAAGGUGGCAUGAGUGGAGGUGGAUGGCGUGGGAUGUACUGAAAGUAUAAACACCAACAUACAAGUCCUGACAACAGCAUCUGGUCUACUAGACUUUCUUACAGAUUUAAUUUCUUUUGUAUUUUAAGAACUUUAUAAUGACUGAAGGAAUGUGUUUUCAAAAUAUUAUUUGGUAAAGCAACAGAUUGUGAUGGGAAAAUCUGUUUUCUGUAGGUUUUAUUUGUUGCAUACUUUGACUUAAAAAUAAAUUUUUAUAUUCAAACCACUGAUGUUGAUACUUUUUAUAUACUAGUUAACUCCUAAAGAUGUGCUGCCUUCAUAAGAUUUGGGUUGAUGUAUUUACUGUUAGCUCUACAAGAAGUAGUAUAGUAUAAUCUUACAGGAUAAUGUUUCACACCUCUGCAUAAACAGCAAGUCUUAAUAAGCAGACAUCUGGAAUAGAGCUUGAAGAAUAAUUAAUAUAACUCUUUUCUUUAAUUUCUCCUGGACAACACUGUAAAUAUUAAAGCCUAUGGAUGAGUUUAGGUGACUUCAGGAGUAUGAAUUCAGCUAAUUCUAUAUUUUGUUUGUUUGUUUGUUUGUUUUUGUUUUUCUAAUGUCACUUAUCAGGCUCUGAAAUGUUUUAUCUAAGAGGUAUCUGGACUUCUGAAUAUUCAUAAUUGUGUUACCUGGGGAUGGGAGUGUUGGAAGUUUAAAUUCUAGCCCUAGAUUUUAGAAUUAAAAUCCCCUCAGGGCUUGACUGAAGUACCAAAAAAUAUUUCAAAAAAGUGAUAGUUGUAAGUUAUCUCAAAAUGUCUUAGAGUAGGUUAAAGUUCUCAGUGACAUGAGAAUUUAGUAUAAGUACAUAGGUAUUUACUGUGGAGUAUAAUUCUCACAGAUGUAUUUUCAGUUUCCUGCCCAAUAGAGCAUCUAUGGUUUUUAAAUAACUGUAUAAAAUGACUACUUUAAAAAAUGUCCAUGUCAUAGUCAGAAUCCUGCAGUUGGAUUUUGCUUCUGAUACCUGCUUGGAGUUUUAGUUGAAAAUUCUAUAUGUAGCAAGGAAAAGGUGCUUUUUUAAUUUUAAUCCCUUUGAUCAAUAUGUUUUUUUUUUCAAAUUGGCUAAUGGAUCAAAAUGAAACCUGUCAAUGUGAAUUCAGUUAUUGAACUUGUUACUUGUUUUUGCUAGAAAUGUUAUUAAUGUAAUAAAUGUCAAUGUGGGAGAUAAUA